GGCGCAAACCCAAAUCGUCCACAACGUGAUUGGCAAUGAAGUGAAAGUGUCCAGCUCGUCAUCUUAUACGCGGCUCGAUUUACUUGCUGAAAAGUUUUGGUUGCGUUACACCAAAUCUCAACCAGAGUCUAUCUAGAUAUGAGCAAAGACCAAUCACACUUGACGGAUAAUACGCAGAACCUUGCGAUGCAAGAAACGGAAGAAGCAGCCAUGCUGCAUAUGUGGAGAACGAUGGGAUAUGGAGAAACACCUGGUCUUCCGAACUACAAACGUCACCCUAUCCCCGCUGUCGCGGAACACAUUGAACCCAUCGCCCCUGCUAUCACUCUCACAACGCCUACUCCGCCAUCUUCACAUGAAGUAUUGGAUACAUCGCAGAAGACCAGGUCACUCAAUAUUGCCAGUGCGGCCUUUGAAGAGGAUGCAUGCCCACCUGCAGCGCUCGAUCAGUCUUCCCAGGAGGUGUAUCGAUCUUCUCCUCCGCCUACCAAUCCUCUUCAGCAUUCGGGAUCACCUCCUACAAAAUCCUCCGGUUCGUCACUUCGUUUUGUUCCGCGGCAAACUCAAGACUACGAGGCUAUCCUGCAAGCCAUGGCGACUGGUAAGUUUGACAUCCCUAUCUUCGGAGCAGCAGGUGCAGCCUUCAUGAAUCGCCCGCUUCCAGGGACGCCCAUAGCGAAGAACAGGAAGCGAAAGUGUGCUGAGACACCGCAUGACACAGACGGUCACGAAGUUGAGAGCGCGUCAAAGGAACCAGCGAGAAAGAAGAAGACUGUCAAGCUUAAGAGUUCCACUUAGAUGUCAGUCUGUCAUUAGUCUCACCUAGACAGCGAGAACACAGUACACGAUCCUCAUAUGGGAGUUUAACGACUAUUCUUUCAUGC